AUGUCUAUUACAGAGUUUGAAUAUAAAAAUGGUUUUCCAGCUAUUCGUUUAACACAUCCAAAUGGUUCUGCAUCUGUUGAAUUUUUAUUAUAUGGUGCACAUGUUCUUUCUUGGACUGUAAAUGAUCAUGAACUUUUAUUUGUCAGUGAUCAAGCUAUAUUUGAACAAGGAAAAGCUAUUCGUGGUGGUAUACCUAUUGUGUGGCCUCAAUUUGGACCAGGUCCAUUACCACAACAUGGUUUUGCACGUGUUAAACCCUGGCGUAUAGGUAAAACAAAUACAACUGAUAAUGUUAGUAUUGAGUUACAUCUUUCUCAUGAUGAUGAUACAUUAAAAAUAUGGCCACAUAAAUUCAACUUAACACUUCAUAUUCGUUUAACUGAAAAAUCAUUCUAUCAAGAAUUAAUUGUUGAUAAUCGAGAUGAUCAAACAUUUGAAUUUACUGCAUUAUUUCAUACCUAUUUUACUGUUGAUGAUAUAAAAACAACUAAAAUAUCAGGAUUAAAUAAUGUGACUUAUUUGGAUAAAGUCGAUGGAGGCAAAACAAAAACAGAAACAAAUAAGAUUAUUGAAUUUACAGGUGAAACUGAUCGUGUCUAUAAAGACGGUGGUAAAAAUAACAAUUCAAUUUCUAUCAAUGAUCGUAUUCAAGUUAUUGGUUCGAAUACAAUGCCAGAUGUUGUCGUGUGGAAUCCUUGGCAAGAAAAAGCGAAAGCAGCGGUUGAUAUUGGUGAACAUAAUUAUCCAAAAUAUGUCUGUGUUGAAGUUGGUCAUGUUAGUAAUCCUGUUCAACUUGAUAAAGAUCAAACAUGGAAAGGAUCACAAGAAUUAACCUUAUUAACCAGUUAA